GGCCGGGGGGCAGCCCUCGACCGGUACACUGUCAUGUCCACAGAGACAAACGUUGCAUCAAAAUAAAGUCCUCGUCACUCCCCAAUCAGGUGUGUUAGAGCCGUUGGUCUCAAAGGACAAAGGAAGGGAGGAUGCACUGCAUAAGCCGGAACCCGCGCACCUACCUGGUGAACUCCUACAGCGACCUGAAGGAGAGGAAUGAGGAGAGGAAGGAAGGAUACGAGGCCACCUGGCUAGACCUGGUGAUGGAAACCAGACCAGAGCUGAAUGUGGGACUUAUUGAAAACAAUACUUCUCGGAAAGAAUCAUACGAGCAUCAGAGAUGGGUACAUUUUGUGGUACGCAGGAACCUUGAUCAAACGCUGUGCAUUGGAAAAUACGGAUACAAGUUGACGAAAUAUGUCCAGCCCUCCAAGAAUGUUCUGCCUCUCCCACUAUUCGUUCCCAGGAACAUGGCACAGCAGAAUGACUUCAACAAAAUGCCCGCAGAGUUCAAUACAGAGUUGCUCACAGGAGUUUGCGCCGACAAGAAGGAUAUUUCACAUGGCGUGCCACCGAUGAUACAAAUGGGCCGCGUGGACUUCAUAGCGUCCCGUGCAUAAAGUUCUAAUGGUCGGGGACGCGUAAUGACUGACAAUUGGAAUGUGGAGCGACCUGAGCUAUCCGUAACACAGGACUGGACUUUGUGUGAUUUUUUAAUAGGCUGGUUCGGUUUAAGGGCCACUUCUCUUAAUGUCUGGUGUGCUAAAGUAGUCAAACUUUGAUCUGUGGUGAAAGAUUGUGUUUGAUUGUUUGACACAAUGCAUUACGCAUACCAUUUCUAAUUAGGCCUAGUUGAUAAAGUACAAACACAGGCAACUACUUGGUAUGGCUACAGACAUAGAGUAUUUUGUAUGAAAAUGAUUACCCAUUUCUGCAGAGAUUAUCGUUAUAUGAGAAUGUGAAAACAGUCUACAAAGCUACUUUACCUGGACAAGUCAGAGUUGAAGUUACAAGUUUGAAGUGUUAAGAUGACGUGUGAGUGAAGUAUGCAGAUGAAAGUAUGAGUGACGUUUUAAAGAAUAUUGCAGACAGCAGGUGCCAUACUACUCGGGCAGAGUUUUGUUUCAUAACAUUAUACUGCCAUCGUAUGGACAUAUGAGAAUAGCACUGGGGAGAAGGAAAAGACAUUUCAUGAUUUAAACAGCUGAAGGUGAUGCAUUACAACAAAUAUUAAAUACUAUGAAUUAUUUAUGAA